CAUAGUCCGCCUUGUUCCCCUCCAUCUCCGCUUAUCGCUCAGUGCUCGGACGGUGCGUUAAGGUGCGGAUCUGAGUCCCGCUCUUGGGGGAAAUUUAAGGAAAGUCAGACGACGUAUACGCCUUCAAAAGGACACUUCGAGACGACAGACGUUUAUUUCACCGCCUUUGUGCAGCUGUUUUGAAACUACCGUAAAAAUGGAUCCAAUGACUCAGUCCGCCCAGAUAUCAUCGUCGCAAGGGCUUGCCGAUGGACAAAAUUCUGCUGCCAAAGAAUCAAAGCUGUCCGAUUCCUUUCUUUCCUCUUCGCCUGUAUCUCUCAUUCAGUCUCCUCAAGUUAAGGAUCUAAUCCACUGGCGAGACCCCAAGAAGUCGGGCUUGGUAUUCGGCGUGUCCAUGCUGCUGCUGCUGUCGCUGGCAGCCUUCAGCGUCAUCAGCGUGGUGUCCUACCUGCUGCUGGCCCUGCUCUGCGUCACCAUCACCUUUCGCAUCUACAAGUCUGUCAUUCAGGCCGUGCAGAAGUCUAGCGAUGGACACCCCUUCAAAACACUGAUAGAUAAGGAUGUCAGCAUCCCUCCGGAGACUUUCCGCAAGCACGUGGACACCAGUCUGACCUACAUCAACCGAGCCCUGAAGCAGAUGAGCCGCCUCUUCCUGGUCGAGGACCUCGUGGACUCCCUGAAGCUGGCUGUGGUCAUGUGGCUGUUCACCUACGUAGGAGCUGUCUUCAAUGGAAUCACCAUUCUCAUCCUGGUUGAUAUCCUCCUCUUCGCUGUGCCUCCGAUCUACGAGAGGAACAAGACCCAGAUUGAUCAGUACAUCGACCUUGUGCGUACUCAAGUCAACACCACGAUGGCCAAGUUGCAAGAGAAACUUCCCGGAGCUGUGAAGCGCAGCAAAACUGAAUGAUCAACCUCCCCUCAAUAAGAAACCUCUGUCACCAUCAUCCUCAUCUCCAUCACCAUCUGAAACCCCCUUACCUUCUCCUACCCCCUCUCCAGAACCCAACCCCCCAACCCUGCCUCCCAGUCUAACUCCUCCUCCCUACUCCAUCGACCAUCAGCACCCUACUACACUGAACCUUGCUAGGUAGAAAAUCUCUGAGCUACUCGAUAUUCAAUGUAAAACUACUGCGCAGCUUAACUUGCAAAGCAUAAAAAAGAACUGUGCCUGUGCAGACAGGAAGCACGUCGCUAGUGAGGAAGUGAUGUAACGCCGCGGCGGACCCUGCCUAUCUGUGGGUGCGCCACAGGGGAAUGGAGGAGGGUUGAGUGAACUAGACUGAAUCUAUGACCUGGUUUUUCGUCGUGUACAGCGAGCGGGGGGGUGGAUGAUGGCUGUUAAUGUCACAAAAAGAGCAAAUGUCUGUACUUUAAACCACAUAUUUCCCUGAAGGUAAACAGAUAGUUUAAGCUGGAAAAAGUUCAAGAAAAUGAAAAGUUUAAAAAAAAAAAGGAAUAAAACCAACCUUUUGGGUGUUAUUGUGGCUAGUCUUAUCCUGCUCGCUUGCUCUGCAACUGUUGUACGGAUAGAUACGAGUUGAUUUUUAGAAGCUGGUAAUGGGUUUGCUGUUACUGAUCGGCCUGUUAUUGAGAUUGUUUCCAUUCACCUUACAGGCACUUGUGUAUGUUUCUGCAAUGCACUGAACUUUUAUUUUUUAAACCAUGAACAGGUUGAAAUAAAAGGAAUUGGAACACUGAGCCAGCUGUGAUAAUUUGGUCUAGUUCACCCUCUUUUGAUCAGAUGCAUUUUUUUGAACAGUUUUAUGUAUUUAAAUAUACACCUUAACAAGUACAGGCUGUCUGCUGUAUGGAACACAUUAGCCUCGCUUUUUAUAUCGAAAAGAACGUUCCCUCACUUACAGCAGUCCUAACUCCUUUUGUUGCACCUGUUCAAGCCACAAAGUGUUGAGGUCUCACAUUCACUUGUAAAUUUUGAUUAUUCUCAUAACUACUUCUUACUAUUAUUGAUAUUAACCAUAGGACGGCUGCUUUGACUCCCUACUAGCUUGACAACAGCAUUGUAAGAGUUACAUUAAGUGUCAUUGAGCUUCAUAAUUUAAAACUGGAGGUCUUUCAGGAGCCUCCUAAGAAAUAAUUCCUGAUUGUUUAAGUUAAGAGAUGCACCCUUAAAUCCCCAAAAAGCUUCCCAGCUCACUGUUGGUGUUUUAAAGAAAUCAAUGGCUUAAUGGAGUUUCAAAGCUAUGAAGUCUAGACUGUGCUACCAGAAUAAAUAAACUUUAAACUGUUUCAUUAUAAAAAAGUCUUAACACAAGGUCCUCUAGAUAGCUUUUUUUCUGAGGUUUUUUUUAUUCUGAAUGAAGACUGAACGUUUACACCCAAUUUAAUUAUAAUUGAUCAUAUUUUUUGCAUUUAAAUAAUGCAGCAGUAAAUUCAGUGAAGAAAAAAAAAGAAAAAUCUUACUUUUCACUUUUUCUAUUUCCUUAUGCUGUCCGUAAAAGAUUUAAUAACUGAAUUUAAAAUGGAAUCACAGAUUUGUCAGCUGUCUUUCUCUAGCUAAGAUGAAUUUAAUUUUUAGGUGAAACACUGCUUUUGCAUCAAUUCAUUAAUAUUUUCUAUUUACACAGUUAAAUCUAUUACUAUUCUUUUGGCACAUUUUAGACUCCAUACAAAACCUCAACAGUGACCUGAGAGGAAGGUUAGCGAUCAAGGGUAGGUGUAAUCGAAAUAGGGGGUGCAGUUUAGAAUAAAGAGUGUACUGGGGAAUGCGGAGGCAGUUUUGGGAGCAGUUGUUAUUAUAGAUCUCUGUCAAUUAUUUUUCUUUGACUGCCAUGAAGCAUGUCAUAGUGUAAGCUGGAAACCGAUUGUCACCCUUUAUAUAGGCUGUAUCAUAUUCUUGACCCUGACUUUUGUUUAAUAUGAUUAUUACUCGUGAUUGUUUCAAUGGUGUUUUUGAACUCAACUUGAAAGUCAUAUGUUAGCACUACUGCUACGUCUCCAUAUUGUUUUAAGGGAUGAAUAUAUAGAAGGAAAUGAAAUGACAAGUAUGUUCGUGUUUCAUUGUUCUCCAAAGUAGGUUUGAACGGAAUAAAUGUCCCCUGAAUACUGACUGGCUGACGGUGGAAGAUCAUCCUUUCAUUGCCUCUCAAUGCAGUAACUCAAACUACCACUCAGAUAUCUGCCUGUGUGCUGAAUGUUUUCUCUGACGAAACAUUCCUCCCCAUGCAUGCCCUCUGCCGUGUGUCAUCUCACAGAUGUCUCGGUUGACCCCCCCUCGUGCAUGGUGUCUCGUUCAGACUCCGGGUGUUAAAGCCAAAAUAUGCAACGUUUCUGUUGGAGGUGUUAGCUGGGCAGGCUAGGCCCCCCGCUGCUGUCAGCUAGCCUGAGGCUGAGGUAAGCGGCUGUAAAGAACAGACAGAGAGUGAGGGGGGAGAAUCGCGCAUGAGUACAGACACUGAUAAUGAUAUUAUACAUCCUGUUUAUUUAUUUGAAUGUGGAGAAGUUGCAUAUUGUAGCUUUUGAAGGCCAAGGUUGUCAUUUUCAUCUAAAAGCUUAACUUCAUACACGCUACUGCAUUGUUGUAUUACAUGUUUGGUUUACAUGAAUUCAGUUUAUUUUAAAGGUCAGUUCAACCACAUUACAAGAUAACACGUGGAACUCUUGUUUUAUUGGGUUUGGGUUUUACUGACCCUAAGUCCCUCAACUUUUUGUUCUGUGACCCAAUGACAGUUGAGUUGAUGCUAUGUGCUUGGCUAAUCUUAGAUUAAAGCCACAUUUAAGUUAAAAGAUAAAAGCAACAUUAGCCACAUCAUAAGAUGGCUAGCUAAUGUAAGCAAAACGCUAGCUAACUACCUAGCUAAUCUACAUCAAUCAUUAGCUAUUUAGUUAGCUGGCUAGCUGGCAAGCAUUUUGCUAACAUUAGCCAACUUAGGAUAUGUUGCUUUUAUCUCUUAACCAUCUUCAAAUGUAGUUCUUUCAACAUGGACUAGCCUAGCACAUAGCAUAUCUAAGAACAGGAAAGGAGGAAGUUGACUGAGGUUCCAGAAGGGGCGGGGCUUAACAAUUCCAUUAACGGCCAGUGUAUUGUGGAGGAGGUAGAAAUCUCUACCUGAAUUUCAUUUAAAUUUUUUAAAAUAAAAUUAAAAGACAUAAAUUACAAUUGUAACCACGGUUCUCUAUAUUUAGGAGGAAUGAAAUCUGCAUGCUAGAUACCUCUGGAGACAUUUUUUGGUAUUUUAGUUGACCUUCACCUUCAAUAUUCAAGCUGAACCAUUCUAUCAGUCUGACCUCACCCCAUUAGCUGUAAAAGCUAAUUAGCUUUCCAUAUGCACAGUACCUUUAAGUAAAAUUUUAGUCCAGGAAAGGCCAUGUUACCUGUGUUAGUGUGCUACCAAGACUAAAUAGAUGACUUCUUCUCAGAACCAUAGUUAUUUCUUUAGAGUGUAAUAUAUAAUAUGAAUAAAACUCGACACAUAUUUGAUCCUGUUCCCUCACAGCAUGUUGCUUUUCUCUUUUUCCUGUUUGUCCCUGUUUUCAUCCUGUAUGGGAGUGUGUGGCAGGAGUGUGUUUGACCUUUUUUUUUGUCUUUGGCAAGUCCUGUUUUGCUUUUGACUCUUUACUGGUAUCUAGACGUUGUUCACUAACAUCAGCUCUGUUUUGUAUUAGCUAUGACUUUGGUUCCAAUUUUUUGAAGCUUUGGGAAAGAUGUUGCAGGAAAAAAAAAAAUGGAAAAAAAAAAAAGUAUGUGGUCUCUGUACUGAUGUCAAAGUGAAAUUAAUAAAAACACGUCAAAGGAC